AUGACCCACGCUGACACUAAUCCGGAUCUAUCACGGACCCCCCCCUUCUCCCUCCCAUCCAAUCCGAAUCCAAAAAAUCCCACCAGUCCAGUCAGAGAAGAAGAGAAGAUCCCACAAACUCUAAUCCUUCACCCACGAAACACACUAGCAACCCAAAAUUAG